GGUCUUUCAUGGCUACUGAUUUCAUUAGAGUAAAGAUCAUCUUAAAUAAAAUAAAUAAAAUAAGAUAAAUAUUCGUUUCUCUUAUUCGUUUCUCGCUUAGCUAACCUUUUCAUUCCUCUCAUUGUUAUGAACGUAAUCGGCGUGAAAGAGCCACACACUAUUUCCAAAAACUGUUAUCAUGCCGUUUCUUUUCUUUCUUAUUGGCUUUGCAUGCUUUUAAACUUUUAGUAUUUCUGCACCUUCCAGCGAUUGGAUUAAAGACACUUUUAAACCAAACAAUGCUUUCUGACCAGAAAUCCUCUAGCUUUCCAAUCUUGCUUCGUCUGCCCUGUUGGAUGUUGUUUCCUGCAUUACUUCCCUUUUUAGCGGGUUUUGGUGGUUCGGCACACUUCGGACUAGUUUUGCGCGUCAGAUUUCAUAUUUCAUAAAGUCGAGCAAACACCCAGUAGCCGGCGAUAACACUGUGCCUUGCCGUGUCAUAAUUUCGACGUUAUUUUUGGUAUUUUUUUCUUUUUUAAUGUAAUUUUGUGGUUCUUGGGAUAUUCUUGAGAUUGAUUUCCUUCCUUUAUUUAUAAAAAAUAACACAAACAAACCCCGGGGGCAAUUGUUGGUACGCAAGCCGAUUUUGACAAAUAGAAACCAGGUUAUCGAUUCAGCGGAUUUUUUUUUCAGUGUAUUUGGAUACAUUUUGACCAUGCUGGAUUACUUUUGGAUAGGAGCAGGACGAAGGCAUCAUAAUACAAGAGUUACAGCAACUACUUUUAUCGUUUAUGUUGUCCAAAUCUUGAAUGGAAAAUCAUGGGGAAUCAUUCUUUGAUGUUCCUUUAUGUCGAGUAGAGCAGGAGUAUCCACUUUUCAAUUCACCUUGGACUGAAUCAAAUGGUUGUGUUACUGAUAGUUCUGUGAUAACUAAGCCCAACAUAAAUUAUUAUAGUCAGACUAAAGAUCGACCUAAGUAUACAAACAAAGUUUUAAAGCAACUCAAACAAAUUGGUCUUGAAUUUGAUGAAGAAACUGGUGCUGAACAAAUUAUUCCUGUUACAACAGAAAACGAGCAAGAAGAAACUACCUCAUACCACAUUGACUUGGAAAGUGUAGUUGACGAAACAUUGCAAGCAAUUUCUGCAAACAUGGAUGAUGUAGAAGACGACACACUCUCGGAUUGGGAUCCAAUGAAAACAUCAUUCGAACAAAAGAACUUUAACACAUAUCAACAACAGAAAUAUAAUGACAAUUUUGUGGAAAAACAUGUUGCGGUGCCAAGACCCGACGGUUAUAAGAUAUCUCCCACUAAAGUUGGAUCUGAAGAAGUCCGAUUGUACAUUUCGAACAUACCACUGUCAUUAACAGAGGAUGGAAUGAAAAAUUUAUUUGGUUCAGUUGGAAGCUGCUCAAAUGUGAAGCGAUGCCGACCUAGAGAUACAUCCAGUAACACCACUUUCGGCUUUGUGACCUACAAAAGUGUACGCGAUGCUGAGACUGCUAUUCGAAAAUACAAUGGCUUUGUAUUUGGUGGCAAACAAAAAUUGCAGGUACGGCUGGCUUUUCAGAAAAACAGUGAAGUUCCUGACGAUGUACAACAGGAGAAAGUGAUAUGGGGUAGCAAUGGUCAUGGCAGUAGAAGUGAUCUCAGUGACAUUCCAGAUGAAUCAAUUUCAAUAACAAGCUCUCAUCAGCCAGUUGUAGCAGAUAUAAAAAAUGAUGUAGACAAAAAAGUUGAAAAGAUAGCAGAAGGAUCUCAUCUUGACAGUGUGGUCAUUAGUGAACCUAAGAAGAGGCCAAGAUUGUAUGUCCAAGGUUUAAAAGUGGGAACAUCAGAUAUUGAACUAAAGAGGCUGUUUGACAAAUUUGGUCCAACUUUUAACUGCAUAGUCACUCCCGCAAAGAGUAACAACCAAGCUACAACUUUUGGGUUUGUUUCAUAUGAGACAAUCAAAGAAGCCGAUAAGGCUGUGGAUUAUUUUCACGACUACAUUUACAAGGAAAAUCAGCUUUCUGUAACUUAUUCCAACCAAUCUGCUGCAGAAUACGGACGGAAGAUUAGAAUGACAGAAGAUGAUUUAUUCUAUGAGCAGUUGUACAACGAAAAUCCGUUUCAAAAGCAUUUUUCACAAGGACAUAAUGAUUUGUCAAAUUACAACCUGCACCAGGAAAAACCAACUAUUUCACCAGAAAAAUCACCUACAGUCACUAAAACUGCAGUUAAUGAACAUGCCGGUUCUACAGAGGACAUCUCACAUAAUAAUGUAGUAACAUUAUCAAAAGAAUUGUCACCUAAAAACGGUGAUGUUUGCGUGUACUGUUUCUCUCCAGGAGCGAGUAAAAAAUGUGCUCGCUGUCACUCGCCUUAUUGUAAUCGAGAAUGUCAAUCGAAUGACUGGCCAACACACAAAGUAAUUUGCGACUCCACGGCUACUAUGUCGCCGAUUAGUAGUUCGUUGAUGCCGCCUGUGAAAGUUACCAGAGCAUCAUACGUCUGCGAUAUUCCACCAAGAGAAAACCUCAACGGUGACGUAAAACUGCUCUUUGCUGUCUUUCGCACUGACUUGACUGUUAGUGGCAUAGCAGUGUGUAAGAGCCAACGGCAUUAUGCAGAAUCUUUAGUUGCUAUGGAAACGUCGUUUAGACAAUGUAAUGAAAUGAGAAGGAAUGUUGAUCUAAACGAUGUGAAUGUUGGUCUUCUUAUAGUAGCAAUGUUUACUGACCAAGAUUGGGGUCGAGCUGUUGUUAAGUCGACGCCGCUAAGUUCUGAACUCAGUUACGACUCUGUUGUUGAUAUACAUUUCAUUGACAAUGGACUGGACAAGCAAGAGCAAAUAAAAAACUUAACCUAUCUAGCUUCAGAUUGUUUGUCUUUACCGAAACAAGAAGGUUGUUUUGUCUUAAGUGGUUUGGAAAGUGUAGCCGAUUUGUCAUAUCACAAUAGUGUGUGUGCGACUUUAAACGACUACGUUGAAGGGAAAGCUUUGACUGUAGUUUUUGAAGGAGAGUCGUCUGCUGUAAUCCUCAAAUGCGAUGGAGAAAACCUUAAUGAGUAUAUUAUAACUAAUUUUAUAGAAACAAUCAAAAUGAACGGGCAUUCUGCUCUAAGUACAAUUAAACGGCGGCCUUCUUGUUCUGACGCAAUCCGUGGCAUGAUGUUACCAGAUCUGCCUGUUCAACCAUUUCCUGAUGUGAAUGAAUUCCAACUUUGCGUUACAGAAGUAGUCUCUCCACACCUGUUUUAUGGUCAGUUGAUGCAUGAUGCAGCGCUGCAAGGACUACAGCAAGUAACUGAACUGUUGUAUGAGACUUUUGUGAAUGUGGAUGCUGCACCUCCCUUUACCCCGAAGAUCAACGAGAUUUGUGUCGCAAAGUUCAGCGAGGACGGAUGUUGGUACAGAGCAAGUAUUGUGCAGUACGACACCGACAUGAGCACUGCUAGAGUAUCCUUCGUUGAUUAUGGCAACAAGGCCGAAGUCGAGACAAGCAAUCUUCGCUGCAUCAACGAAGCACUGUUAAACUUCCCGAGAUAUGCUAUCAAGUUUAGUCUUAACCUCCAACCAUCCAAUAACAACGCAUGGCCGGAUAACGUUAUUGAUUUCUUAAAAUCUUCCCUAUUGAAUAAACUGUCCACGAUUCGCUGUAAAAAAGUCAAGGACGAUGAAAUGGUUUGCGACGUGCUUUUAGAUCAUGGAAGUGCGUCCCUGGUCGAGUCGCUUCAGAGUAUGAUGGUUAGCACGGUUGAGCGUGUUAUGCUGACAGAUUUACCGAAGCAAGAUCCUUUGGAGGAAGGCAAACAAUACGACGCUAUUGCGACCAACGUAAACAGUCCAAAUGAUUUCCAUGCCUGGGUUGGUGACUUAAAAUCCAUAACUGAACAGGUUCAAGCCAUAACGCUUGAACUAACUGAAAAAACCGACACAACGUCUUCCUAUUCACCACUUGUUGAUGAGGUAUGUGCCGUCUUUCAUGAAGACUAUCAGGAAUGGUAUCGCGCAGUUGUCUUGUGUAUUAAAUCUUCUUCUGCUACCGUGCAACUGAUCGAUUAUGGAAACAGACUAGAAGUGAAAUUGCAUUGUGUAUGUUCUCUGCCGGUUGGUGAUUGUUUUAAACUACCUGCUCGCUCGACACCUUUGUCAUUGUAUGGAUUAAAAAGUGCAAGCGGUUCCUGGAACAAAGAUGCAAUAAACAUGUUAAAAAACAAAGUUGAAUUGCAACGAGGCUGUUGCAUCAUAGGUGAUGAUAACAAGGACUUGUUUUCAGUACGAUGGCUAACUACCGACGGUGACGAUGUGGCUGACCAGUUAACAUCCCAGUUUGGUAGCCUACUUGAGUUAAAUGACGCUGUACAUUCAAUACAAACAAGGAGAUUUUAUGUAACCGAUCUACCUUAUUUCAAGCCAAGGGACAGCGAUCUUGACAUUCUAGUUACUUAUGUUAAAGACCCGUGGUUGUUUUACGGACAGGUUGUAAAAGAAGAGAACAUCACUGCUGUGUCUACCAUUUCCGUAUCUUUGGCAGAGUUGGGUGAUUAUUCGUCAAAAGCAGCAUACACACCGGAACUAAACGAGGUAUGUGCAGGCUUUGCUGAGCUUUAUAAUGAAUGGUAUCGUGUUGCUGUUGUGUCUUUAUCGAGUGCUGUUGCAGAUGUUUUUUUAUUGGAUUAUGGUGAGUCGAUGGAGAUACCCCUCUCCCACCUGCAGCCACUACCUCUUGCUGUAGCAGAUAUCCCUACACAAGCAGUCUCCUUUUGCUUGCAUGGCGUCGCCCCUAGCAACGGGGUUAUGUGGGAUGCGACAACGUGUACCAAAUUCAGCGAACAAAUUUUGCUACAAAAGAUAUCUAUUCACAAAGUGUCAACAAAUGAUGAUGUUAUUAAGGUAAAGGUUGCUGUUAACGGAGAAGAUAUUGCCGAUUCUCUACUUUCCAACAAUUUUGCGAGAAGCUCCUCACCCCAGUCUAUCAUUCAAAAGCCACAACCAAGUUCUUUGGUGGAGACGCAAAGAAAAUAUUAUGUAACCGAUCUACCUUAUUUCAAACCAAGGGACAGCGAUUUUGACAUUCUAGUUACUUAUGUUAAAGACCCGUGGUUGUUUUACGGACAGGUUGUAAAAGAAGAGAACAUCACUGCUGUGUCUACCAUUUCCGUAUCUUUGGCAGAGUUGGGUAAUUAUUCGUCAAAAGCAGAAUACACACCGGAACUAAACGAGGUAUGUGCAGGCUUUGCUGAGCUUUAUAAUGAAUGGUAUCGUGUUGCUGUUGUGUCUUUAUCGAGUGCUGUUGCAGAUGUUUUUUUAUUGGAUUAUGGUGAGUCGAUGGAGAUACCCCUCUCCCACCUGCAGCCACUACCUCUUGCUGUAGCAGAUAUCCCUACACAAGCAGUCUCCUUUUGCUUGCAUGGCGUCGCCCCUAGCAACGGGGUUAUGUGGGAUGCGACAACGUGUACCAAAUUCGGCGAACAAAUUUUGCUACAAAAGAUAUCUAUUCACAAAGUGUCAACAAAUGAUGAUGUUAUUAAGAUAAAGGUUGCUGUUAACGGAGAAAAUAUUGCCGAUUCUCUACUUUCCAACAAUUUUGCGAGAAGCUCUUCACCCCAGUCUAUCAUUCAAAAGCCACAACCAAGUUCUUUGGUGGAGACGCAAAGAAAAUAUUAUGUAACCGAUCUACCUUAUUUCAAACCAAGCGACAGCGAUUUUGACAUUCUAGUUACUUAUGUUAAAGACCCGUGGUUGUUUUACGGACAGGUUGUAAAAGAAGAGAACAUCACUGCUGUGUCUACCAUUUCCGUAUCUUUGGCAGAGUUGGGUGAUUAUUCGUCAAAAGCAGAAUACACACCGGAACUAAACGAGGUAUGUGCAGGCUUUGCUGAGCUUUAUAGUGAAUGGUAUCGUGUUGCUGUUGUGUCUUUAUCGAGUGCUGUUGCAGAUGUGUUUCUGCUUGAUUAUGGUGAGUCAAUGGAGAUGCCUCUCUCCCACAUGCAGCCACUACCAUCUGUUGCAGCAGACAUUCCUACACAGGCAGUUGCUUUUUGCCUUCAUGGCGUCGCCCCAAAUAAUGAAGAUGUUUGGACUUCGGAAGCGUCCGCAAAGUUUAGCGAACUAACACUCUUGCAAAAAAUCUCUGUCCACGAGGUGUCAACUAGUGGUGAUGUUAUCGAGAUUACUGCUGCUGUGAGCGGACAAGAUGUUGGAGACAUUCUUAUUUCGAGCAAAUUUGCCAGUUGUUCAACACCGCAAUCGUUCACUCAGAAGCCACCAACAAGUGCUGUAGUCGUGCCAGUGUUACCUGCACGCAUAAUGGACGAGCAUAUUCCGAAAUUGAAUCUACCAUCCGAAAGAACAAGCUUGUUUGUUGUCAAUAUUUGUUCGCCCAGCAAUUUUCAAUGUCAAUUGGCUCAGGUGGAAAACAUUCAACAGUUGGACGAUAUUUGUAAUCAACUCACAUUAGAAUUUGAACAUGACAACCCAGAAGAGAAAUACGAACCGGUGGUCGGGGAAAUUUGUGCAGGUUUUUUUGUUUCAUUUGAUCAGUUUUUCCGCGUUAAAGUUAAUCGGAUCGACGGUGAUACGAUACACGUCAUUUCAAUUGAUUAUGGCAACGAAGAGGUAAUUAGCUUGACGGAUAUACGACGUCUUCCGGAGAAGUACGCAAAGUUAGAACAGCAAGCAUUGCAUAUGAGUCUAUACAACAUAGCAAGCUCUUCACCAGAUGACGCAUGGUCGGGUGAAUGUGUGAAGUAUUUUACUGAGACAUUCUUAAACAAGGUAUGUUAUUGCACCGUAAAGGAAAGGACCGCCGAUCAUUUUUUUGUGACGCUCUCGACUGACGUUGUUUCCGACGUCAAUCAGGAAUUUAUCACUCGCGGUUAUGCUGUUGGUCCUCAGCCCGAGAUUCAUAAUGAAAAGCCGCCUGUGGGUGUGUCUGAAAUAGAUAUUUCUGAUUCAUUUGCGGCGGAGUUGGAUUGUUAUACAAAACUACCGGCACAAAAUGUUCCAGGCGAAUGCAAGAUUGUAAUAUCACAUACAGAAAGUGUAAAUCGUUUCUUUGCUCAAUUGUGCGUACAAGACAUGGCUACCAAAAUAUACGAACUUACUUUACAGAUGUGCACUUAUUGCGAGGAGCACGAGUUAAAGUCGUACAAACCGUCGAUAAACGAGCUGUGUUGCGCUUUAGAUGCAGAUUGUUGGUAUCGAGCGUUCGUCAAACAAGUAGAUGAGUCGUCGGCCGUCGUUGUUUUUAUAGAUUACGGAAACGACCGUGAAUUAAAGUUCGACGAGUUGCGCCCAGUGUCGAAAGAUUUUCUUACUAUGCCAUCACUAGCAGUUUGUUUGUCUUUACAUAAUCCAAACUCAGUCCCGAUUACUGGAACUGCCAUAAAAUGUUUCCGAGAGAAAACGGAAAAUAAAUUGCUUUCGAUGAAAUUGAUCGCCAAGCAUUCUAGUUCUUACGAGGUACAACUUUGUGACGAUGAAAGUGGCGAGGAUAUUGCGAAAUGCAUCGAAUACACCUACAAAAAAGAGAUUCAAACGAAAUCACGGCAAGAAGAACAACAGAGUACGGAACAACCAAACAAAUCGGAUGAGAGUUCAGAGUCGUUUGCAGCUCAAUCUCAGCCACAAUUAACCGUGUAUCAACGUCAGGAAACAAAACAAACGAAUGAAGAGAAAUCGCCCGUGGUUAAUAAACUGGAACAAGUAUCUAAAGAAAAAAAAGUAGUUGAAGUGAAAACUAACGAACUCUUGCUCACCCAAGAAGAUUUCAAAAGCGCAAGCCUUGUAACAAAACUAGUGACUAUUCAGAGCGAAUCAGUUGAUCCACCUUUCGUUAAUGAGAAAGAAGAAAUAGCCGAUAUAAACGGUUAUGGAGACGUAGAAGACGAAAUUGCGCUUCUUCCUGAAGCGAAAUAUGAACCUAUUACCAAAAUCGUUAAAAGUACAGUAGUCGAUAGCAAGACUAAAGAUGAUUUACCAAAGAUUUUUAACGAUACAUCUGAGGAAAGCACGAAUGCUGAGACAAGUCGCUUUGUUAUUUCCAGUCUCCCUGUGAGUGCACACGCUUUAGAUUCUGUCAGCAUGAAAAUGGGCGUAGCGCACUUGUCCUCUCAACCCGUGCAAUUGUACGUGACUCACGUCGUGUCGCCCCAUCUCGUAUAUGCUGUUAUCGCCGAUGCGCAGAGCUUGGAAGAAGUCGAGAAAAUAUCUGAGCAAAUUGUUGAGGAGAACGAGUGCGAUUUGGAUGUCGUCAGAGCUGGUUCGUUGUGUUCUGUGAAAGACGAACACUUAAAAUGGCGCCGUGCCAUUGUUACAAGCGUGGAAGAAACAAAUUGCACAGUCUUCGCCAUUGAUCAUGGUUUCACUUCGAAUAUUCCUCAGGCAGAAUUGAAACCCCUAAAUCGAAAAUUUACGAAACUUCCCGCCCAAGCAAUACCAUUAAAACUUAUGACAGUUAAACCAAAAGAUGGCACCGGUGCAUGGUCAGAGGAGGCGAUUGAUUAUUUUAAAGGAAUUAUUGACGGAGAAACUAUCAAGGUGCUGCCGAAAUUUAAAGAAGGUGUUGUUAUGAAUGUAAAGAUGAAAAUGGCAGCAACUGGCGAAAGUGUUGACCAGCUGUUUGAAGAAUACGCUACGGUAUUUCAACCGAUUAUACCGAAAGAGAUCACGGAAAGCGCUAAACCGAAACAAGUUUUAAGGGGCGUACCUUUUGGUGCAGUUUUAAAGGUUAUUUCUAUUCAACCCGCUCCUACAGAUGGCCCCUUCCAAGCCAUUGUCACUUGCGCAGUGAGCCCACGCUUGUUCUACGUACAAUUGUACAAUGAAGAGCGUAUCAUUGAAGUCGACGCGUUAAGUGAUAAGUUGAAAGAUCUGUAUGAAGAAACUUCAGAAUGUGAUAAUGUGUUUACGCCCGGACAACUUUGUGUUGUCAAGUAUCACGAUAACCUUUGGUACAGAGCGUUUUUAAUGGAAUGCCGCGUUGAUGAAAAAAUGGUUAUUUGGCUCAUCGAUUACGGCAUUAAAAGUCGUGUUGACCGCAAAUGUUUGCGACCGUUACCGGAUGACAUGAAGGCGUUACCUGCUCAAGCAGUAACAAUGCAACUUCAGUACAUCACUCCAAGUGGAACAUCUCCGAACUAUUCCACUGAGGCGAUAAAAAGAUUCAAGUCGAUGGUGGAAGGAAAGCUUAUGAAUUUUAAACUCGUCAAAAUUCACGAUGUUAUAAAUCGCGUGGUUAUGCACGACACACAAUCAGGAAUGGACAUCUCAGAAAAGCUGGUGGACGAAGGGCUGGCUGAGUUUAUAUUUAACAAACACAAGUCGAGAGAGUCGGUUAAUGCAAGUCAACCAAGGGAGUGGCCUACACCUUUUCGUGGAACAGAUUUCUUGCGGGAUGCUCGUGGCGGUGGGUCUAAAGGUGUUUUUAGAGGACACCCCAGAGGAUUGCAGAGAGAAAGGGUACCUCCUCACAUGGAUCGAAGAAACUACUUCAAUGAUUAUGAAGAUAUGCCUCAUGACUAUUAUGUCAAACGCUUUAACCACCGGAUGCCAGACCACGAAUAUCGCCAAAAUUGCUAUGAAGAUUCGUAUUAUAACAGAUCGUAUCCUGUCGAUAGAAGGUCACAAUUUUGUGACAAAAGAUUUAAUGGACGACCGGAAGAGUCUGACUUGAAACCUAGAAUGAGUGAACGACGGAGCUCUUCGAGAAGUCCUUCCUAUUCUAAAACUUCAACGAGAGGUAAGGGGAGAGGAAGGAUGCUGUAUGACAGCGCUAAACCAGGAGAUAGGUCUCGGUCCUCUAGUAACGAUAGUGCCAGUCAAUUGAAUGGUACCGACCAUACCAAUGGUAAGAGAGAUGCCAACAGUCCCAUCAAUGAUCGAAUGUUGCAGCGUCCAGGUAGUGGUUCUACAACUUCAACAGAGAGAUCAAAACAGCGAGGCCUAUCAGAAGAAAGUUAUUCUCAAAAUGAUUACAACACAUCUGAACGCCGACGCUAUCCAGGUGAUCGGGGAUACAAAGAUCGUCAUUCUCAUAGCCGUUAUCACUACGAUUGUUACGACGACCAACACGGUAGCCACCAUAGCGAUCAUCACGAACGUCGGUAUGUCGAGCGUUACGGUGGCCGUCCAAGAGACUCGUAUAAUUCGUACGAUGAAAAUUAUUAUUACGACUCUUCUCCUGAUCGAUACCACGUGGAACAUCAUCAUCGUCCAUAUCCUGGUUUUUAUCCACGCGAGCCAAAAAGAGGCGUCAUGCCGGAAGGCAGGGGGUCGCCUGGAAGGCAUGCACACAAUAGAUACGAAGAUUUCUAAUUGGUUAUCAGAUUUAUUUAGAAUGACAGUCCCCCAGCUGGUGUGUUUAAGCGUUUUCAACCUGAUUUCAUGCUUUAUAAUAACCGUCAGAAUGAUAGGUAUUACUAACCAGUUGUUUUUUUUGUCGAGCCGAAAGUGUUAGUUUAGGGAUCUUGUUUGUUUUUUUUCUUGCCAAGAAAAGAUAUUUUUAGCUUACCUUUUUUAUAUUACAUUUUGAGAUAUUUUCACGUAAACCUUUUUUCUAUCUGGUUCUUCUUUUGUUUGAUUAUUCUUUUAACCUUUUACUUUUUUAUAUAACGACGUUGCUUUUUUAUUGCUGCUGUUGUUGUUGUUGUCAUUGACAAAGUUUUGCUUCGCAAUGUUUGUCAGCUGUGAUACUUGAUAUGAUUCGAUAUGAUUCUUUCCAGUUAACAACUACCGUGUAUAUCAAUUUUUAUACUUUAAAAAGUGUUAUUAAAAGAAUGUAGCAAAAUUGUCGAUUUUAUUUUGUUCCAUAUCUUUACACAUAUACCGUACCUUAAAAAAAGAGUCAUUAAAAAUUUGAAACAGUUGUCAUUCAACAGCACAAAAAUUAGUAACUUGUAACCGAUUAAUUCAGAAAAUACUCGUUGAGUUUAAAGAAUAUAAAGUAUAUACAAAGCAAUUUAUGACAAAUUCACCUGAAAAAGCUAAACUGGAAACAUUCAAGUUUGUAAUGAGUUUUAAAGGGGUUUGUGCUCUUUACGUACGGUACAAAAUAUUUACUGGACCAAAAUUUGGUCACUUUUUGCCUACCUUUUUUUGUCAAUAAUUUUUUAAUAAAGCAAUCGGUUCAAUUCACCUUUGUAGAUUAUUUAUCUGUUAGAUGAGAUUUAUAUUACGAUUUAUUUUAUCCUCUAUUUCUUAAUUUUUGUAAAUAUUUGUGUUUUUACAUCUGUAGGUGUUAGUUUGAAACUGUGGUUUUAAUUCUUUUCA